AGUUGCACAGAACUUACCGUUGUACCCAUUUAUAUGUAGGCAGAGGAUUGCCAUCAGCCACACAUUCAAAGGCAGCAGGACUAAAUAGCGGCGCGGUAGUGAGACGAUCCGGACCAGCUGAAAUAAUUUUCGGUGGAUAUUUCACAUCCAACUGCACAGAAAGUUGCUCCGAUGUGCCAACAGAAUUUUGUGCUUGGCAGGUGUACAAGCCUGCAUCGCGACGUCCGACUGGGCGUAGCUGCAAUGUUUCCUGUAAACUGGCAAUUUCCGAACGUCCUGCACGUCGCCAUACGAUGCUCGCUGGCGGAUUGGCAUCUGCAACACAACGCAGUAUAAGCGCAUCUUUAUCUUCCUCCAGGUCGAUUUCCGGCGAGCCAAUUAAACGUAUAGUUGGUGCAUCUAUAGGAGUAACCAGAACAACAACAACAUUGUGA